ACCAGGACUCCCGGUCACAUUCCCAUUCCAGUUCCCGGUCCCAUUUCCAGUCUAUGUUCCGUCUCCAUUCCCACUCUCGUAAACACUCUCACUCGUCACCUCUUCCCUACUCAUCCUCCUCAUCGUCACAUCCUCACCGUCAUCCCAAGCGGCACCACAGCACGCACUCUAGUACUAGCUCCACACGCCCUCGUCACUCCAAGAACAGUACUAGUCACAGCAGUAGUGCCAUUGGUAGCCCAGAUACUAGUUCUACCAGUGGAGCACCUACUGAAGUACCAGGUAGCGGCAGUACAAACAGCAGCAGUGGUGGUGGAGGACAUAGUGUCUUGUCCCAGGGUCUGGGUGGCCACCAGUUGGCGCCCUAUUUCCCGUUGCACUCCAACGGGAUCCCCACUCCUGGUGAUACACUCCUCGCCUCUAACAUUUUCGGUGUGCAACCGGUGGUAGAAAGACUAGGAGGUGCCGAGGUAGAGGUCAAGCGUAGCAUGAGAACAAGGAGAUCUAGCAGAAGAGGCAUUUGUGAAGAAGAAGAAGUGAAUCAAAAACAGUGAUCAAAUGCAAUGGCUGUUUCAAUUGAUGACAACAUUAUGAACAUGCUUCGUGCUGGUCUUUUACCUAUGGCUUCAGUUCACGGUUUACAAACUCAGAAUCACACGGAUACAGAGGACUAGAUUUUGUGUUUAUAGUUUCGUCUUAUUCGCUUUAAAACUUAUUCCUUUAAAACGCAUCAUCAUAACCUGCUCUCUCAUUAUUUUUAACUCAUCAUGUGCCAUGC